UCUCUCCGUCGAAAGGGGAGUGCACGAACCAGGAACCACAUGGUUCACCCCACAGCUCUUCGCAGACGCAUUAACUAUCUCUGCACCACGCUGCUAAGGAACGACUACCUGUCAGGCAUAUCAGAUCGUUUUGUGCCGAUCUUUGAGUUCUUUGAACAGCUUGAGACACUGGCG